AUGGGGACCACAGAAGCCACUUUGAGGAUGGAAAACGUGGAUGUGAAGGAAGAGUGGCAAGAUGAGGACUUCCCCAGACCUCUCCCAGAAGAGACAGGGAUGGAGUCCCUGGGCAGCCCUACAGAAGAUGAAAACACAUCCUCUCCCCCAACCACGUUAAACUUCAAUGGGGCUCACCGUAAGAGGAAGACCCUUGUGGCACCUGAAAUCAACAUCUCCCUGGACCAGAGUGAAGGCUCCAUCCUCUCUGAUGACUUCUUGGACACACCAGAUGACCUGGACAUUAAUGUGGAUGACAUUGAAACUCCUGAUGAGACAGAUUCCCUGGAAUUUCUGGGGAAUGGGAACGAACUGGAGUGGGAAGAUGACACUCCUGUAGCCACAGCCAAGAACAUGCCUGGGGACAGUGCAGACCUGUUUGGGGACGGUGGGGCCGAGGAUGGGAGUGCUGCCAACGGGAGGCUCUGGAGGACGGUGAUCAUCGGCGAGCAGGAGCACCGCAUCGACCUCCAGAUGAUCAAACCCUACAUGAGAGUGGUGACACACGGAGGGUACUAUGGAGAAGGGCUCAAUGCCAUCAUUGUCUUUGCUGCCUGCUACCUCCCAGACAGUAACCUGGCUGAUUACCACUACAUCAUGGAGAACCUCUUCCUCUAUGUGAUCAGCAGCCUGGAGCUGCUGGUGGCUGAGGACUAUAUGAUCGUGUACCUGAACGGAGCAACCCCCCGCAGGAGGAUGCCAGGCCUGGGCUGGCUGAAGAAGUGCUACCAGAUGAUAGACAGAAGGCUGAGGAAGAACCUGAAAGCUUUGAUCAUUGUGCACCCAUCCUGGUUCAUCCGGACAGUGCUGGCAAUUUCCAGACCCUUCAUCAGUGUGAAGUUUAUCAACAAGAUCCAAUACGUCCACAGCCUGGAGGAACUGGAGCAGCUCAUCCCCAUGGAGCACGUACAGAUCCCAGACUGCGUCCUACAAUAUGAAGAAGAGAGGAUCAAGGCCAGAAAAGAAAGGUAG